AAGGCCGUGGCAUGGUUGCAACUUGCAACUGCAACGCAUUGUAAACAAACAACGAAACAAACUUGUUAAAUUUAAUAAAUUGAUAAUUUAAACAAGAAAAUAUUUUAGAAAAGUAGUAAAUUCCCUCAAGGACUGAAUUUUGAGCAUUCUUAUCUAGCGUAUUCUGUUGGUUUUUUACUGACGACAUUUUCCUUGCGAAGUCGCAACUGUUGUGAGAAGAUGAUCACCCUCGACGGAGAGACAGUGAACGGCGCUAUGGAGCCACCUGCGUCUGCCAGCAUUGGCCUUAAUCUGUCAUCGACCGCAGGGUCCAUAUCACCCACACCCGGCCUCAAGUCCACCGCAAGCAUUGGCCUUAAUCUGUCAUCGACCACAGGGUCCAUAUCACCCACACCAGGCCUCAAGUCCACCGCAAGCAUUGGCCUUAAUCUGUCAUCGACCACAGGGUCCAUAUCACCCACACCAGGCCUCAAGUCCACCGCAAGCAUUGGCCUUAAUCUGUCAUCGACCACAGGGUCCAUAUCACCCACACCAGGCCUCAAGUCCACGGCAAGCAUUGGCCUGCAAGUGCAAGCUCCACCCACCAUACCCAAGUACUCACAGCUGCUGUCCGUCAUCGAGGAGAUGGGCCACGACAUAAGGCCCACCUACAUCAACAGCCGAUCGUCGGCCGAGCGUCUGAAGAGGUGCAUCGUACAUGCCCGCAUUCUGGUCAGGGAGUGCCUCAUUGAGACUGAACGUAGCGCAGCUGCGUUCCAGUAGUUUCGUUUCGCCGCAUCUGCACAUUGGCCCAACCAAGGCCAACGUCGGCCAGCGCCAAUGUGUGUAUGAGUGGUUCGCCAACGCUGGCUUUCAUUGGGCACUGGUUAAAUUGCUGGCUGGGCCAAGUGUAGACUAGGCAUCAGGUACCCCCUUGAUAUUUCAUAAAUCGAUUCCAUAAAUCUUUAACAAUGCUAUUAGAUCUAUAGGUGGUUCAGUCAUGAGAAAAUGAUCGGUUCAUAUAAAAUUACAGUGAAACCGAAAAGAAACGAUUUUCCAAUACUCUAUGUUUAUUAAUUCUAGCUCAGUAUAUUUGGAUAGAAGUCAUGAGGUACAGAUGAAUACAGAGUGCUUCAAUUUCAAGCUUUUUCUUGUGACUAUAAUCAGGACCUCCUAUAUACUACCGGACCUGAGCCUAGAAAAAAUGGCCGCUGUAUGUGGUGGUCUUAUAGGAAUUCCUACUAAGAAAAAAUCACAAAUCAGCUGUUAGAGAUCGUCUCAGUUUAUAGAAAUCUCAGUUCGUCCAGUUCCCGUUUAAAAUAUCAUUGCCAGCCACCACUUACGGCGACCAUUUUUUUCGUAGGCGCAGGUCCGGUAUAUAGGAAGUCCUGCUAUAAUCUAUUCUAUAGCACGCUUUUUCUUUGUGACUGAGCCAUUCACACAUUGUCUUUGCAUUACAGUGCUUCUGAACAAUUUGAGUCCCACUUUGAAAUUAAUUCAAUUCAUCAAAUAUACACUAGAGUGCAUCACUGUACACUUAUUGAAUUCUAUCAAUAUUAAUGCACUCUGUAUUUAUCUGUACUUCAUGACUUCUAUCCAACUAUACUGAGAUAUAAUUAAUGAACAUAGAAUAUUGGAAAACCGUUUCUUUUACGGUUUCACUAAACAAGUUACAUUAAUUCGGCUAUCCUAAUGGUUGGUAAGAAUUAAGGAUAGAGGAUGUGAAUAAAAUGACAAGCUAGAAAAUAAGUUCUACCUUGGAUUCCCUACAACUAUACUAGAAUUGAUGAGACUUGUGUAUUGGAUCACAUGAGAGGAGAGUAGUUUAUUUCAAGGUUUCACUAAACAAGUUUCGUUAAUUCGGCUAUCCUAAUGGUUAGUACGAAUCAAGGGUAGAAGUUGUGAAUUAAAUAUCAAGCUUUUGUUUAGAUAAUAAGUUCUACCUUUAAUUCCCUUCAACUAUACUAGAAUUGAUGAGACUUGUGUAUUGGACCACAUGAGGGAAGAUUAUUUUAUUGUAAGGUUCCACUAAACAAGUUUCGUUAAUUCAGUUAUCCUACUAACUUAUUGGAUAGGAAAUAUUGAAGUUAUUUUCUCCUAUCAUAGUACAGUUUAUUCAUACAUCCACAUUUUCCACAGUAGGUACAUGAAAGUCUUCAAUACUGGAAAGGGUGAUAUCGCAGUUUUUCAACUAUAAAUUAUAGAUAUUACUGUACAGAAUUUCUAAACCAACCCCAAUCUAUCAUUUUAUUCACAUCUCCCAUUGUAGCUAAAUCAAAUUGUUAAUAUUAAGAAGACAUACUUGAAUAAGGGAUAUACUAUUUCUUGGGUAUAAUAUUCUCAGUUACUGUUGUGUCUAUAAAGCAUACAUACACAUUACUCCCCAUUUAUUGAUUAAUAUAGUAGACCAUCUAAGACACUGAAUACUAUAAGACAAUGCUAAAAAUGGUAGUUGUUGAAUAUCAUUGCUACUAUUUUUGCUUGAUAAAUAGAUACUAAAUUGUAACCAAGUAUUAUUCAUAACAACUUUAACAAGAUAUAGUGCUAUUAAAAAGUGUUACUAUUUUUUUAUGGUAUUUCUUUAUAUGGAAGCGAUUUAUUGAAUGUAAUGGGAUCGUGUUGACAAUCAAAUCAUAUCACAUGAUCCACCGGUAAACCAUAAUGUAUUGAGAUCCACAAUAGUUGUUCAAGCUCGUAUUAAACACAAAAGUGAGAAUCAGUAUCUAAUAAGUUGAAGCAUUUCCAUUUGAAGUUGGUAGAGAUUAAUUUGUAAAUAUUUUUUAAGAAUUGAAAAUUGCAAGUAUAAAUUCUUGAUGAAUUUCAUUUCCAAAGCUAAUAAGUGGAGUGAAAAGAUACAAGCUUUUCAAUUUAUCAGCUUCAUUUUCAAAGUUGAUAAAUUGAAACGAUUGUAUCUUUUCAAUUUAUUAGAUUUGGAAAUAACAAAUAACUGUAUAGCCAACUGUAUUUAUCUAAUUACUACUAAAUUAUUGUCAUUCUGUACACUUUUACGAGAAUGACUAACAAGCAUUUAGAUGUAAGAUAUUCAUUUUUCAAAAUUGCUUAUCUUAGAGCCGAUUGCACAAAUGCCAAUUAAAUUCUAAUACUGAUUAAUUUCCUGAGAACUAAUAAGAGAAGCCUUCGUUUCGAAGAAACCCUCUGACUGGCUCUCGUGAGAUUAAUCAAGAUUGAAAUUUAACCGGCUUUUAUGCAAGCGGCCCUUAUUGGUAGUUCCCAAACAUUUUACUAUUCAAGCUUAGCUUUUUUCAGAUGGAUUUGUAACACGUACACAUUGUGAAAAGUAAUUUGCUCAACGAAAAUUUGUUACUUAAUGUACGGCUGUAAUUAUUAUAGGAUUUUACACUCUAGAUUACCGGUAAGCGACUAGAUUAGGUUGUAUUUUACUAUGUACUCUAUUUUGAUUUUCUAUUGAAGCGAGUUUAAUCUCUUACCCAAUAUUAUUCCAUAACUGAGUUGUAAUAUUAUUUACAAGGGUAAGGCAGGCAUCGUGGAGCCAAUUCAUUCUCAUUAAAAAUUACACAUGCAACAUUUGUCAUAAAAUCACUCCCAAAUGAUUUUUAUUUAUUUUAUAUUUUUAUCAAAAUAUUAGUGUUUUAUACUAGAUUACUACUUGAAUUAAUUUAAUAUAAACUCCUUGGAAAAAGUUAUUGGAUGAUUUUAUAAACGAACAAAUAUUCUUACAAAACUUUCAAUUGACAAGAAUGAAAUUUAGAUUACCUAUUUCACUAGUCCAUGAAACAGUCUAGUGCAUUUCAGUUUAGUAAAUACAGGUAGGCCUACAUUUCCAUUUCUUAUAUGGUUGAAUUUCUAUAAUUGGCAAAAUACUGUUUUCAUCUCAAGCAUUUAAGAUGCUAUUCUAUUUUAAACUUGUUAGAAGUAUUUUAAAUAACUUGUUCUUUACUGUCCUUAAUUUUUCUAGUAUUUUCUUGAAUGUAACAUUUUUACGUUUUUA